AUGCCUCUUCCGCCACACGCCUCUGGUGCUGCCGCCGAACUGGCUGGCAAACAUGCCGCUGACCACCCAACUAAACUGUAUGGCGCGUGGUUUAGCCCCUUUGUCCAACGAGUUUGGAUCACUUUGUGCGAGAAGAACGUCCCCCAUCAAUACAUUGAAGUCGACCUGGGCAGGAAAGAGCCCGAGUUCCUGGCCAUGAACCCUCGCGGCUUGGUACCGAUCCUCGCUUUGGCAGCCGACCAAAGGCCGCUAUAUGAAAGCUCAAUCAUAUGCGAAUACUUGGAGGACAAAUUUCCACAUCAUCAGCUGCUGCCGUCAGAUCCAUAUACGCGAGCCCACGCACGGCUGUGGAUUAAUCACAUCAAUACAAGAAUCAUCCCGGCAUUUUACAAGUUUCUUCAGCACACGACAGACAGGCCGUAUAGCCUCGAAGAAAUUCGCACUGAAUUCCUUGGUCACAUUCGAAGCUUCACAGAGCAAAUGCAUUCACAGGGGCCGUGGUUCUUAGGCGAAGAUAUAAGCCUAGUCGACAUUAGUCUAGCUCCAUGGGCACAACGUCUUUGGUUACUAGAUCACUUUAAGAUUGGCGGAGCAGGUAUUCCAUUAAAGGAUAGGGAUGAUAUCUGGCAACGGUGGUCUAAGUGGUAUAGUGCGGUUAUGAAGCGGCAGAGCGUUCAGGAAACAUGGAGCGAGGAUGAAAAGUAUAUUAUAACUUAUCAACGCUAUGCGGAUGACACCACCAAGACACUUAUUGGGCAGGCAACGAGGCUGGGACAGAUGUUGCCAUAG